UCUUACACUCACAAACACUUCGAGUUUCUUCUCAUUGGCACAAAACUCAACUUCUCUCUUUCUCACUCUUUCUCUCUCUUUUCUCUCUGUCAUCAAAAUGCCAUAACUCUCCCAUCUCUCUCUCUCUUUUCUCUCUUCCCCUACCAAAUUAGCUUCACCUCUCUACCCAUCAAGAGAGAGAGUGUUUCACAAUCCAUCAUCAUGGGCGAUCACAGGAGAAAAUGGAUCUCAUGUACUCUGUUUCUCGCAAUGACAUUGAUAUCACUCAUCAAUGGUGAUAUCGACUCAAUCCAGCUAAACGACGACGUCUUGGGCCUCAUCGUCUUCAAAUCAGACCUCGACGACCCAUCUUCGCACCUCGAGUCGUGGAACGAAGACGAUGACUCUCCUUGCUCAUGGAGCUACGUCAAAUGCAACCCCAGAACAUCUCGAGUCACCGAGCUUACCCUCGACGGUUUAUCCUUAACCGGGAAAAUCGGUCGUGGCAUCCAAAAGCUUCAGCAUUUAAAGGUACUCUCACUUUCCAACAACAACUUCACCGGAAACAUCAACGCUCUCUCAAACACCAACAGUCUCCAUAAGCUGGAUCUUAGCCACAACAAUCUCUCCGGUCAAAUCCCACCUUCUCUCGGCUCAAGCAGCUCCUUGAGAUACCUCGACUUAACCGGAAACUCCUUCUCCGGCACACUCCCUGAUGAUUUGUUCAACAACUGUUCAUCUCUUAGGCAUCUCUCUCUGUCUCGCAACCAUCUCGAAGGUCAAAUCCCUAGUACUCUGUUUCGAUGCUCUGUUUUAAACAGUCUCAAUCUCUCAAGCAACCGUUUUUCGGGAAACCCUAGUUUCGUCUCUGGAUUCUGGAAACUCGAGAGGCUAAGAACAUUAGAUCUAUCGUUUAACACACUUUCUGGAUCGAUUCCACUGGGGAUGUUCUCUGUGCAUAACUUGAAAGAGUUGCAGCUACAAAGGAAUCAGUUCUCAGGAUCAUUACCUUCAGAUAUUGGACUCUGUCCUCAUUUAAACAGAGUUGAUAUGAGUUUCAAUCGUUUCUCCGGCGAACUUCCGAGAACUCUUCAGAGGCUGAGAUAUUUAAGUCGCUUCGAUCUAUCCAACAAUCUGCUCUCCGGUGAUUUCCCGGCAUGGAUUGGUGACAUGACCGGUUUAGUACACUUGGAUUUCUCCGGCAAUGAGUUAACCGGAAAGCUUCCUUCUUCAAUUGGUAACUUGAGAUCUCUGAAGGAUCUAAUCUUGUCUGAGAACAAACUCUCCGGCGAGAUUCCAGAAUCUUUGGAAUCCUGCCAAGAGCUUAAGACCGUUCAGCUCAAAGGCAAUGGCUUCGCCGGUAGCAUUCCCGAUGGUUUAUUUGAUCUUGGUCUUCAAGAAAUGGACUUUUCCGGUAACGGUUUAACCGGUUCGAUCCCGAGAGGCUCGAGCAGAAUGUUCGAGUCACUCGUAAUGCUCGAUCUUUCGCGCAAUAGUCUCAGUGGAAACAUACCUGGUGAAGUAGGGCUAUUCAGCAGCUUGAGAUACCUAAACUUGUCAUGGAACAACUUCAACACAAGAGUUCCUCCUGAAAUCGAGUUUCUACAGAAACUAACAGUCUUGGAUCUCAGGAACGGCGCGUUGAUCGGUUCGGUUCCAGCUGAUAUAUGCGAGUCUCAGAGUCUACAGAUCCUUCAGUUGGAUGGUAACUCACUAACCGGUUCUAUACCGGAAGGAAUUGGAAACUGCUCUUCUCUUAAACUGCUGAGUUUGUCACAUAACAAGCUUACCGGUCAAAUUCCUAAAUCACUUUCAAAAUUACAACAGCUCAAGAUUCUAAAGCUAGAGGCCAAUAAACUUAGCGGCGAAAUACCGAAAGAGCUCGGUGAAUUGCAGAAUCUGUUAUUGGUUAACAUUUCGUUUAACCGGCUCAUCGGAAGGUUACCCUAUGGAGGUGUGUUCCAGAGCUUAGACCAGAGUGCUCUCCAAGGAAACUUAGGUAUUUGUUCACCAUUGUUAAGAGGACCUUGCACACUGAAUGUUCCAAAGCCUCUUGUCAUCGAUCCGAAAUCCUAUGGGAAAGGGAAUAACAACAACCGGGAAAUGCCAGGAAACCGAGAAAGCAAUGGCUCAAGAAAAUUCCACCGUGGAAUGUUCCUUAGCGUUUCAGUGAUUGUAGCUAUAUCAGCUGCAAUACUCAUCUUCACUGGAAUCAUAAUCAUAACGCUGCUUAACGCGUCUGUGAGAAGACGGCUAGCGUUUGUAGACAACGCGUUGGAGAGUAUGUUCUCGGGGUCUUCAAGAUCGGGAAGAAGCUUAGUGACCGGUAAACUUGUUCUGUUGAACUCAAGAACGUCGCGUUCAUCUUCGUCGUCACAAGAGUUCGCUAGAAACCCGGAGUCUCUUCUCAACAAAGCUUCAAGAAUCGGUGAAGGAGUCUUUGGAACAGUCUACAAGGCACCUUUAGGGGAACAUGGGAGAAACUUGGCGGUUAAGAAACUCGUCCCAUCGCCAAUUCUUCAAAACCUAGAAGAUUUCGAUCGAGAAGUCCGGGUCUUGGCGAAAGCGAAGCACCCUAAUCUAGUAUCGAUCAAAGGGUAUUUCUGGACACCGGAGAUGCAGCUUCUGGUAUCGGAAUACAUCCCAAAUGGAAACUUGCAGUCCAAGUUACACGAAAGAGAGCCCUCAACACCGCCUCUUUCUUGGGACGUAAGAUACAGAAUCAUCCUCGGUACAGCCAAAGGACUCGCUUAUCUCCACCACACAUGCCGCCCAACAACCGUCCACUUCAACCUGAAACCGACCAACAUCCUCCUCGACGAGAAAUACAACCCGAAAAUUUCUGAUUUCGGACUAUCCCGUCUUCUAACAACACAAGACGGGAGCACGAUGAACAACAACAGGUUUCAGAACGCUUUAGGUUACGUAGCGCCUGAAUUAGAGUGUCAGAACUUGAGGGUCAACGAGAAAUGCGAUGUUUACGGGUUUGGAGUUUUGAUACUCGAACUCGUGACUGGUCGGAGACCCGUUGAGUACGGUGAAGACAGCUUUGUGAUACUUAGCGACCAUGUUCGAGUUUUGCUGGAACAGGGGAACGUGUUGGAGUGUAUUGAUCCUGUAAUGGAGGAAGAAUACUCUGAGGAUGAGGUUUUGCCUGUUCUGAAACUUGCUCUUGUCUGUACUUCUCAGAUACCUUCGAAUCGGCCUACAAUGGCGGAGAUUGUUCAGAUCUUGCAGGUCAUAAAUUCUCCUGUCCCUCACCGGAUGUUGGAUAGUUUCUAAAAACCUUUCUGCUAGUUUAAUUUUCAAUUAGAUUUUUGCAAUUUUUCUGUCUGUUUUUUCCGGCUUUUUUUGUAGAGAUUGCUUUCUUUCACAAUGCAACGUUUUCUCUUCAUCGCUAUGUCAUCAUAAUCAUAACGAUCAUUGACCAUUGUUAUCAUCAUUCAUCAGUUGCUUUUUUUUCUGAGAAUUCUACAUGUGUUUCUUA